AACCGGCGCUGAGUUUGAACGCUCAGAAGGAAUGUGCAAACUUUAUCAGACAGGUGUGGCUCUGCUGCUGCUGCUGCUGCGGGAAUAAACGUCUUACUUUAACAACGGACGUUGUUACAUUACAUGUCAACCGCACGGCAACAGGAUAAACAUCGCACAGCCAGCCCAGCUGCAGUCAGACAUGAUGGAGUUGUCUGUGGUGAACCUGAACAACCAGUUUCAGAGUCUGAGGGCCGUGAUGGACUGUCUGAAUGAGGGCAUUGAACCACAGUUCCUUCAGAUGGCAGUCAACUUUGAGGAUUGCCGUAAAAAGUGGCUGCUGACAGACGAGGAGCUGAUUUCCUGUAAAGAGGGGCUGGCUAAAGCGGAGACUGAGAGGGGAGCCCUGGAGGUCAAACUGAAGCAUGCUCGCAAUCAGGUCGAUGUGGAGAUCCGCCGGCGGCAGAAGGCCGAGGCAGUCUAUGAGAAGCUGGAACGUCAGUUACAGCUGAUCCGGGAGCUGCUGUUAUCAGAGAACAACGGCAGCAGUAUCCUCCUGAGUGAGGAACAGCGCUCUGCCCUGGCUUUCCUCAGCGCCCACUCCCAAGCAGCACAGGCUGCUAAUAACAACCUCAACUCUAGUCGAAGGUUAAUGACCAUCGAUGAAUCAGCUUCUUUGCUGUCCGACAUCAGCUUUGACCAGACGGACGACUCUCUGGACUGGGAUUCCUCUGUGAUGAAAAAUGUGAGACUGCGGAAACGCCAGAAACGGCGUUCCUCCAGGAAACUGGAAGUUCCUCCACAGGCAAUGAAGAAACCCCGUUCCACUGGACGCAAAUCAGAUAGGAUGAAUGAGUCUAUUGUGGCCAAAACUACCAUCACCAUGCCUGCCAACGGUGGUCCUGUUAAAGCUGUCUCUACCAUUGAAACUGUGCCCUACUGGACAUGCAGUAGACAGAGUGUUGCCCCAGCAUGGGCUGAUACCACCACCACUGACCAAUCUGAGACUGUCAGUGAAGCUCCCAGCACCCCAGUGCCAGAAAUCCCAGUCCAACUCAGAACCCCCAAAGCUAGAGGAGGAGGAGGAAAAAAGCACCACUUCAUCGCAAAAACAGUGAUUAAGUCUGAGUUUUGUGCAUCGUGUGGAAGAAAAACAAAGUUUGGCAAGAUGUACCUUCGCUGCCAGGAUUGCAGGGUGGUGAGCCACCCGGAGUGUCGUGACCGCUGUCCCAUGCCCUGUAAUCCCACAGCUGUUAGCACUCCCAUCAACAACACCGAGGCCACCCUGGCUGACUUCGCUCCAGUUACAUCUCCCAAAAUCCCAGCAUUGGUUAUCUACUGCAUUAAGGAGAUUGAACACAGAGGCCUUAAUGAGGUCGGCCUGUACAGGGUCUCUGGCCAGGAGCGCAUGGUGAAAGAGUUGAAGGAGAAGCUGAUUAGAGGAAAGACUCUGCCACCGCUUAACAAAAUAGACGACAUCAACGUCAUUACAGGUGUCCUCAAGGACUUCCUCAGAAGCCUCCCAGAGCCGCUGCUCACCUUCCACCUCAACAAAGCCUUCAUGGAAGCGGCCGAAAUCCAGGAUGAUGACAACAGUCUUGCCAUGUUGUAUCAGAACAUCAGUGAGCUGCCUCAACCCAACCGAGACACUCUGGCCUGCCUGAUGAUCCAUUUGCAGAAGGUCUCUCAAAGUGUGGAGACCAAGAUGGAUGUGAACAACCUUGCCAGAGUGUUUGGCCCUACUCUUGUGGGUCAUGCUGUUCCCGACCCAGACCCUAUGACCAUCCUGCAUGACACAAACAGACAACCGAGGAUUGUAGAGCGCUUGCUCAGUAUUCCAGCAAGGUACUGGGGUCAGUUUGCUUAUCCAGAUAACACAGGCAUGGACAAUGCUCACCACAUUGAAACUCCAGACCACAAAGUCAGCGUAUUGGGACCAGUGACCACUCCAGAGCACCAGAUGAUGACCAAAACACCUUCUUCCAGCUCGCUUUCGCAGCGCAUGAUGCACACCUUCUCCAGCACCACCCUAUUUGGGAGCAAGAGCAAAGCUUCAGCAGCCUCUAAGUGCCAGGGCAACUUCUUCGCUUCUCCACAGCUGAAGUAAGGGCAUAGGAGGGAAAAAAGGUUCAGCUUUAUUGUAUUUUUGGGUUACUUACUGCAAUUACUGAAUAUAUAUUCAUAUAAUCAUGUGGGAAAACUACUGUGCUGUUUUUUAUUCAAGUAUUUUAUGCAAGAUUUUCUAACCAGAUUCUUUCUUUGAAAAAAGUCCUGCACACAAAUGUAAAAGUUUUUCAUAUCUUUGAUUACUAAUGAUUUAUUAUUGACCAAAACUGUGGGUGACAUUGACAUGAUUGUGAAAGGUUUGAGGGCUUUAAUGACUAAGUGCAUAUUACAAACCAAUUCAAGGUUCUUAACCUUCUGGUUUGUGUUUGAGGUUCAGAAGCUAUGCUUUGAUUGGUGUUGAUCCAUGUUUGAGUCUCUGGUUGUAACCAAAGCAACAGGGAUGCUUGAGCACAUGUGAGAUACAUAGCUGCACCAAAACAAAGAGAAAAGAAAUAAGUAUUAUUGGCCAGUGUCUUUUUGUCUUUUGGUCAUUGUCCUGAAACUAACAUAUCAUUUAUUUUCAUGAUUUAACACUUUUAUUUUUAUAUUUAUGUUGAUUGUGUGCCAUGAUUUAUAUCAAUCAUGACAAUUUUUAUACUUUGACAAUGUAAACACUGAUACUAAAUGGGAAUGAUGUUGCAUUUUGCACUGUGUCUGUAACAAUCUGAGGAAAUGUCCUCACACCACUAGAGGCUGCCGCUGCACCACUUUAGAUGAGCAAGCCUUAACCAAUGAAAAUGAUCUACUGUAAAAUAUGAGGACAACAAGUCAGUAUUACUGACACUCUGAAAUUACUGUUAAAUAUUCCUGUGAUCUACAAAAGUUCAGCCAAUAUUUGAGCCAGAGAUGUGAGCCUCACAUCUGUGUGGUCAUCACAAAAUAAAAUCUGGAGCUUUUUUAAUUUAUGAAUGUGAGAAUUGAUUUGCAUGCUCACAAACACUUUUAAAGAUUAACUCUCCCAGUUUUUCACAUUAACUGUGUUAACUGGUCUUUGAGAACAGUACCUUAUGCAGAAGUGGAAAAUGUAGUAUAAAGCCUUUUGUGGCUUGAGAGGAAGCUGCAUUAGACUGAUAAAUUGCCUUCUGUGAUGUCACUUACUGGCUAAGUUGUAUGAUGGGUAAUGUAGGCACCAUAAGUUUUGAAGAAGAAUGCAUGGAAUAAAAAAGAUAUCUCUGGUUCGACAUUAUCGAUAUUGACCUUGACUGUUCAUAAUGUGUCCAACAGUGUUAUAGGAGUGCAGUGUGACGAGUGGAUUUAUUUUUAAAACCUGGCUCCUACAUUACUCACAAUCCAAUUUAGCUCGAGUGACAUCACAUGAGGUAAUUUGUGAGAUUAUGUGCAUUUUUCACUCAAACUUUAUACUACUUUUUAUCGCAAGCACAAGAAGUGAUUCUUCCUCUGAGGAUUUUCUCUGCUGCUCUCUCUGUCAUCUUUUUCAGCUCCAGAUUUAAAUGUGAUGAUGACAUCACAGGUUCAAGUUUUAGUUAUUUAGAAAAAAAACUGAUUCAGAGUAUUUAAUUGUUAAAACCAAAUCUGGCCAUGUUUUUGCCUGCGGGUAAAGAAAUAUGCACAGUCUGGGACUCCAGUUAUACUAAAUUGUGUUUUAUAUAGUGUUGUACAUUUAUUCCUUUAUAUUGUUUUAUUUCACUAAUGAAAUUGUGUCUAACUGAUGUAGUUACUUUCACCCCAGAGAUUGUGGACUUAAUGUUAACAAUUAUUUCUUUGUCUUAGCUCAAAUAAGAUCACACAAAAGUCCAUGAUUGAGCACAAAAUAAAACAUCAAAAGACUGGA